CUGGAAGUCAAGUCAACGCAUGUUCGCACAACUAAAUUUGUUCUUCAUGCAUUGAAGCAUACAUGAUCUAAUAGCUUCGGAGGCGAUUUGACCAUCGCUGCUAUAGUCUCAAGGUCUCAUAAUGUUCGUACCGAAAGCUGCACUCGGGCCGACAGCCGCUUUGCGCAACAGCCGGAGACGGCAGCGUACGAAUUCGGAUGAGACCACGCAUCAACCGAAUGCAAAGCGCCAGCGCUCUGCUCUACGCCAAGUCGAUACCGAAACUCUCAGGAAUGGUUAUGUGGAGAGUCAACUGGAAAAUGUAUCUUUGAGCACCGGACAUAUUGAUCUGGUCAAUGCCGGGUUCACUGCUACAGAUUCUGCGGACACACACAAAGAAAUACCUAUUAGAGCCGCCAGAAGACCCGCGGUUAAUCACGGGGAACUGCGCAAAGCGGUUAUUCUUUCACAAACAGACUUCUAUAGAGUCGAACAGCUGCCAGCGUUGCCAGAUCAGGUCAUUGGCUUUCAGUCAGAGCCCUGUAGAGUUGUCUUUGGAAAGAGCCAUGGCUUGGCGUUAGCAUUGACGCGAUCUUAUGCAAUAAUCUGGCGAUACUCGCCCGAUACUCGAUCACAGAAUGCGGAUGUCAUUACUCUGCGCCUACCCGAGUCAUGCAAGGGAGCCAACAAUACAGCACCUCUUGGACAGCUCUUGUCCACAGCAACGGACGGGUUGCCCGGAUUGAUUGUUGUAGCACCAAACAGUGGUCAUAUAUUUUAUUGGGAGACCAUAACGGGCGCCACAGCACUCGGAUAUACGAGGCAGAAAUUGUGUGGCCUUCAGGGAAGCAUCAACGGUCUUUUAUCUGGCGAACAGGCUACCGAAGUCAUCAAUUGCGAGCCAUCUGGUAUUAUUAUCAGAUUCUGUACAGGAAGAGCUGCUCAUGUUACUGUGAGAGACCCCCAAGGGAAGCCAGCUGUCACGGCGAGCUUUCUUAGAAAUCCUUCUACUGGUGCGAAUAUAGGGUUUUUGGGGGGGCUAAGGAAUGCUUUUGGGGGGGGGUAUUGGAGGAGAGACAUCGCAGCAAUACAAGCAGGUCAAUCACACCAGCGGGGACAGAGAGAAGUCGUCAUAGCCACUACGAGGGGUUCAUUCGAAAUAUGGGACACGCAUUGGAACAACGGAAGUUUGCUCAAGAAGCAGUUCGAUGUGAGAAACUUGAUGCUGGAUACCUUGGGCCAUGACUCGCAUCAUCUUGAAGAAAGCAAUAUCGAGGUUCUCGAUUUCGUAUUCGCCGCCAUGGAACCCAUCACUUACCAAUCUCAAGGUAGCGAACCCAGCAUGCGGGAUGUCUUGGUGGUGGUGGCUACGACAACAGCGAGCUCUCAAGAAUUAUUCCUUCAACAUCUGAGGCUCUCCGAGGAGGCUCAAAUACUGUCCAGUACGGCGAUCAAGCAUCGUGGCUCUAUGCCAUAUCUCCACGCGGCGCGAAUCAAGCUACAUGUUCCCCACCCUGGUAAUAUGGGCUUUCUCGUGGUCGGACAGUCCAUCAUUCUUCUUUCGCUUUCAGAUGGAAGAGAGGUCUUGGACGGUAUUCCUUUGGACAACAUUCGUCAGCGAGGCGCAUUUCACGAUGUUAUCAAUUUACGGUCCGGGCGAGAGUACGAUAUAUUAGGCACUGGGUGUGAGCAUCGGAACAUAGAGAGUGCAGAUUCCGCAUGUCUUAUUAUGGUCCGGGGUUUCGGAAUUCUUCGAAUCAGUGCUUUGGCUAGAGAGAAACAGGAGGCAAUAUUAAGUGCCGAGACUGACUACAUCACUGCAAAGCAUAGGAUUGAGCAAGCGAUCUUUUACGGUACCAUCAUGGAAAAUCCAUUGGAUCUGACAAGCAAAGAUGGUCUUGGUUUCCCCAUAGGAGAAAUUGAACGGGCUGCCCUCGAGGUGGCCAAUGAAGUACUGCGUUCGACCUCGAAGUACAUACCAACGACGUCUAUAUCCGUGGAUCAGAGCCUCAAAUUGCGGGCAAAGGCCCUUGAUGAUCUUUCGUUUCUCUUAAUGCAACAGCAGAAAGUCCUGGAUCGCUCGAUCUGGUGGGAAUUGCUGUGGGGCGCAGAAAAGAUUGCAGCUCAGAGAGCUGUCUGGAAGCUGGAAGAGAGUUGGCGAAAGCAAACCGGAGAAGAUCAAACGCCGCUGUUUGACGUACUAGAGUCAAUGAGUGAGAGGUUCAAAACUCAACACGACAGUGAUAGUGACAAGGUCCGUCACUGGUUCCUCUACGAUACAUUCCAACUGGAACAUAUUGUACCCUGGAUUUACAAAUCGAUCAAACCACUAAAGGGCAACAGUAUGAAGCAAGGAUGGAGGACGAUGGAAAGGCUUUUAAGGGCCAGCGAGCUGUCUCUAGCUGUUCUAGAAACCGCAUAUCGGUAUAGAGAUGAGCAUGCUAGCCGCUACGGAAUCACCGAUGGCUAUCUGGAGGAUGGGGUACUAACAGGCAACUACAAGGGUCUCCCAGAAUUUUGGACUUCGCGAAGCAUGGGGUAUGUCGAAACCGUACGCCUCUUAGAUCUCGAACUGGACAGCUGCAGAGCCUGGAUUCAGCAAAGAACAGGUGCUGCCGAUGCACCGGCAAAUGACACGCUGAAGAAGAUUGCGACAAAUGGUGCGAGGCAAUUCCAUAUCCUCGGCCAAAUGCACCGAGAGAGGGUCAGCUGGCUUGCUGCUCAGGAAGACCCUAAAUUAAUCGAUGAGGGCAUUAGUGUUGAACAAACACAUGUCAAGCAACGCAAAUGGCAACUUUUCAAGCUCGCGGGGAUUGGUCAUCUGGACGAGGCUAUCAAAUUGGCCGAAAAUUUCAAGGAUAUGGAGGCACUGGUCGAGCUGAUGAUCGAGCUUCAAGACCAGAUUAAGAGCCAGAGUGUUCCAUCAUACUCUCCAAUCAGUACGGCUAGGGAUCUUGAAAGUGCUUCACAUCAACUGAGCAAGAAGAUAUCCGGUUAUUUUGAGAGAUUUGGCCAAGUAUGGGCCGAGGCAUUCUUUUCCCGGCAAAUAUCCCUAGGCCAGGCAGGAGUCCUUUUUGCAAUGAAGAAGUUCCAGCCUCAUGUCACCCAAUUUUUGCGCAAUCACUCGGCAUACUCUCGACUAUCUUGGAUCAAUGAUGCGGUCGGUGAGAAUGACUACGACAAGGUUGCUGAAUCCUUGGAGAAGCUAGCCCUUCGACAGGAGUUAGACUUGUGGGGACAUCGGGUAGAGUUGUCCUUAGCCAAACUUGCUAAAUUAGCAGGAUGGGAGCAUUCGUCUUCACCCAGCAACUUGAAGGUCCAAAGGCAUAUCAGGCGCCUAGAAGACCUUGCAGAAAUAGACGCCGUGCAGGAAGUGAUAUUCGCUUCUAUUGCACCGACCAUACAAUGCGCCAUCGACCAGAAAGCCGGGGUUGACAUGGCUGUUUCAAGCAUUGUAGGGAAUAUCUCGAAAGACAGGCCGUCGCUUGUCGAGAUUAUGAGGGAGGCUAUCACGAAAAUAGUGUCCCGGCAAGUGCUGAACGUUGACGAGUUGUUGGAUUUGUUGACUCUAGCUAGAAUACCUGGGACGGCGGGCAAUGAUCAGGAUGCAAUAAUAGGAAAGGAGGAUUACCUUGCUCUGCGCGUCCUACGCUUGAGUUCUCAUGCCCAACAGAAUCCGCAGCUCUAUGCAGUUUUGGGGAAAUUAGUUUGGAAGAGGUGCAUGAUUAAGGACGACUGGGUUGAAGUUGGAAGAGUUGCCGAGGAAAUGGGAAGCGACUCCGAACAUCUCCUUCACAGUACAGCACUUGCUCGCACCCUCGACUGGUGUCAGAAGGAUAGACUUGCUGAAAACCCAUCCUGUUCAUCGCUCUACAUUCCUCAGACUCCGCAGGAUGUCAUUCUGAGUGAUUCAGAAUUGACAAUUCUCACGGCUCGUUUUAGCCUGGAGCAGCGAGCCCGCAUUCACCAUGACCUUGAAAAGGAAAAUGAGCUGAUGUUACAUUACAUUGACUGUGGAAAGCUUGAUUUCUGGUUCAAGACACUCUUUGAGUCGGUACAUACGUCGCAGUCCAUGAUCUCUUUCUCUUCGGCGGAACACAGUCUAGAAUCUGGUUUGCAGUUGCACGAGAUGCCCAGCAGCCCAAAUCGCAAGGCACAGCUUAACUGGCUUUGAGGCAGUGUUGAGUAUGUUUGGCUACUAGAUAGUCAUGAUAACUCCCUCUUUACUAGGAGUGAGCAGUGGAAUUGAGUUAGGAGGCUUAAUCACAUCAGAGUGUCUGGAAUUAUGUGG